UAAUUUCGAAAAGUUUAAAUGGAAAAUGUCCUCUCUCAAAGACGCGGCGAUAUCAGAUCGUCAGAAAAGUGAAAAGCAAUCGUUCGAUGAAUUAUUGGGUGAUUAUGCUAAAAAAUUAGUGGAACUGGAUUUGAUAAGAGAGGUGUCACAAACGAUUGAGAAGAGAUUGGAGGGACGAAAACAAGAUUACCUACGGGAGAAGGAGAAAUUGGCAACCUGUCACCAGCAAAUCUGGACCUCAAUCGAUGUAUUCUGCACCUCAAUCUCCCAAUUCUCCUCAGAUCACGAUUUUUGUGGUCUUAUCAACAAUUAUCUCGAUAGUUCUUCAACUGAGUCCUCAAAGCCAACGGAGGACCAGUCAGAAAAAAAUCGAUUUUUGCAGUAUCAAAUUAAUCUUCUCGAGAAAGAAAUCGAGGAUCUUCAAGAUAACAUUAAACACAUGAAGAAGAUAAAAUUGCCACUUCGAGAAUGUCAAACUAAUAAUAAUAAUAAUAAUAAUAAUAAUCAAACUGAUGGUCAAGAAUAUGAGAUUGAGAAGGAGUCAUUCUCAAAAAAUCGAAAGCAAGUUACUUUCCAGGAAAAUGGAAGAAAGGAUUCCGAAAAGGCAGAAUCGGUGGAAAAUUAUUCAAUAGUGAAAGAACAGACGUUAAAAUCCAUUCUGAGAACCCCCAAGAAUUCAAGGACUAGAUUGGAAACCAAAAAUUCAACAUUCUCGUUAAAAACAAAGAGUAAAAUAUGCGCCAAUUACGAAAAAAUUAAUUCAUAAAUAAAUUCAAAAGGUCUCGUAUGCUCAUUACAUUUUUGUAUAUUUAGAAAUAUUUAUACAGUAAUACUCAUCUCUUAUCUAUAUUGAUUUCUUUUUUUUUUCAAUAUACACUGAAUUACAUUAACAUUACAUUUCAUUAAAAUUAUACAGACACUCUUGUGUCGCCGGUUGGAGCUACUCAACAGGAUUAAAAUUUAAGAAACAUGGCUUUUACCAUAUGAUCAUUCACGAUCAUUUUUCAACAUCAUUGUAAUAUUCAUUCAUUUAAGAUUUUUUUUGUUGAAUUAAUAUGACAAAUAACAACCGAAUGUAAAUGGCACAACUCAAUGGAUUUUCUCUGCCCGAAUUUUAAUGGAGCACAUUUAUUGUUCAUUAUUCUGUUGAUGGUAUCAUUAAUAACACGUAACUUAUGGUACCAUAUGAAGAUGUAAGAGAACAAUU